UUUAAUAGAAAAUAAAAUGCAGCACUCCCAGCAAAUAUGAUGGCGGCUAUUAUGAGAAAAGAAAGAAAGAAGGAAAGCGAGAGCGGAGGAUACUCUCUCUCUUUCCCUCUGUGGUAGUAUAAGGAGACAUGGGGAAGAGAGAAAAGCAGACAAAAGAGAGAAUGAGGAAAAGGAAAAGGAAAACGGGGAUGAUGGGGCUAGGCAGCAAGAAGAGAGAGAGAGAAGGGGGGAGCAAGAGAGAGUCUCCGUUGUGCCACGUGGCGAGGUAUGAGUGGUUGAGUGCUUUGGGCUUCAACAACAUACAGCAACGCCAUCAACAUCAACAACACCAACACACAGACUCUAUCUCUCUCUCUCUCUCUCUCUCCCCCUCUGCUGCCAUGUCAGAGCGUAACCCCGUCCUACGACCCGGCGAUUCCGUAUUUGUAUGCUUCUCUCCCUCAAAUAAAACUCUCUCUCUCUCUCUCUAUUCGUUUAUCUUCUGUUCACUCUCUUUCUUUCUUUCUCGUAUUUCUCAUCUAUCUCCGAGUAUCUAUACCCUAACCUAUUUCCUUCUCCUUCUCGCGCUGUCUCUCAACCUGAGACUGUCUUCUCUAUAUCAUUCUUUGAUCCAUUCAUUUGAUAGGAACAUAACAUCUUGGUCUUGCAGCAGAAUGCUGUCCAGAAGCUUUGACCUUUCAACCAUAUAAGCAACUAAAAAUGUACUUCUGUAACAUUUGACCGCCAUGUACAAUCUGGGUUGAGAGAUGAAGGAAAACGGUUCAUCGAAUAGUAAAAUGAUCAACAGAAACUGGGUCUUGAAGCGCAAACGGAGAAAACUCCCUUGUGGUCCAGUUAUAUCCAAUGGUAAAGAAGUUAGUUCUGUGGCAUCAGAAACUCCAAAGAAUACUUCUUCGGCCAAACGCAGGCUGAAGAGUGAAACUAAAUCUGAGCGUUUUUCUUCCAAGAAGAAAGGGAAUGAUGGGCGUGUACCCCUUUCUCCUGAAUCGAAGCACUUGUAUUACUUUGAAUGCGUGAUCUGUGAUCUUGGCGGUAACUUGUUAUGUUGUGAUAGUUGUCCCCGGACCUAUCAUCUCGAGUGCCUUAAUCCUCCUCUGAAGCGCAUACCAAUGGGGAAGUGGCAAUGCCCUAACUGCUGUCAGAAAGGUGAUCCGUUAAAACCAAUGAGCCAACUUGAUACCAUUUCAAAACGGGCAAGAACAAAGAUAGUCACUGGAAAAUCAAAAAUUGGAAUUCAGUCAUCUGACAUGGACAAAGUAUCACGGAUUUUUGGAAGCUCUAUUAUUGCAAAGAAAAGGUCCUCCAGCAAAGGAAAAUCUGUCAAAUUCCUUGAACAGAAACCCGUCCCUUCCCAAAUAGAUGUAUCCUGUAGCACCAAGCCUAGUCAUCAAUCCCUUGCACUGCUUGAAGAUAAUUCAUUCUGUGUGAGUGUUGAUGAUGAGAAGAAAUCUAAUAUAUCUCCCGCAGACUCUCCUGCAGACAGGAAAUCAAACUCUCCUGCUGAGGAAAUUUCAUCCCAUUCUGAAGUUAAAAAUUCAGAGACAGCUAAUGAAGCUCCUGAGGGGAAGCCUGCUUCACUUAGAAACAAUGUAUCUACUGGGAAAACACUUGUUCUUGCAAUCAGUGCUGCCACCAUGGAACAUAGAAAAAGGAAACAGAAAGUCAAUGAUGAUAACAGCCAAAAGAAGCAUAGGACCAAUGAAGGAAAGUUUAGAGUUAGUACUUCUAAGAAACGUGGAUCCAAAGCAAAUAGUAAGUCACAUAAGAAGCGCAAGUCUAUUCACCGUGGGGUUUCCACCGCUUUGUCAAAGGAGGAUAUAGGAAUGACAAUUUUAGAUGUGCAGAGAAAAGAUGAGAAACUUCUGCAGGAAGCAACAAGCCUGUCACAUGAGUUGAAUAAAGCAGAUAACAUGGAUGAAGCAGUAAUCUGUGGAGAAGGCAUCCCUGUUGAACCUCUGCAGGUUGAUCGGAUUCUUGGGUGUCGAAUUCAAGGUGAUUACGUGGCCUCUUCACGCCACUUACCUGUGUCUGUUACUGUUGACCUACGUUCUGAUGACUUACUAAUUUCAGAAAAUCAAAACAUACUAUCAGAAGAAAACUCAGCUUGUGAUACUGAUAUAGAUGUUGUGGCUGGUGAAAAUCUUAAUGAGGGUUGUCAGAAUAUUGUUAAGACUUGUGAUAGGGAAGAAAGCAUGGUGAAUGAAAUGAAAGUCGAUAAAAUGCAUGUAUACAGAAGAUCUGCAUCCAGAGAAUGCAAAAGAGGAAACACCAUGGUUUGUUUACAUGAAGAAAUCAAGGAGUCAGAUUCGAGUACCGUAAAUGGCAAAGAUCAAGAUGAAUCUGCUACAAUUACAGAAGAUUUGGAAAAAACAAAUGAAAAGUUGGUUACAGAGAAGAAUACUAAUGUUAGUUUGAGAGAUCAUGGUAACAAUGAAGUUCCAAAAAUAUGGGAAACACAUGUCUCUAAUGGAACCAAAGAUGACAAAGAAUCAGAUUUAGGAAUGGAAAUGAGAACCUCUGCAGACAAGAAAAAUCACAAGGCCACCCCGGCUGAAUCUGCUUGUGUUGACAGAGAGACAGUGUUGUAUGAGUUUUUAAUUAAGUGGGUAGGUAAGUCUCAUAUUCAUAAUAGCUGGAUUUCUGAAUCUCAGCUAAAAGUUCUGGCAAAGAGAAAGCUAGAAAAUUACAAGGCAAAAUAUGGGACAGCUGUAAUAAACAUCUGUGAAGAGCAGUGGAAGCAGCCCCAGCGGGUGAUUGCUCGCCGUAAUCUCAAAGAUAGGAGAGCUGAAGCUUUUGUAAAAUGGACAGGUCUCCCUUAUGAUGAAUGCACUUGGGAAAAAUUAGAUGAAUCUGUUCUUCAAAAUUCUUUGCACCUGAUUGAUCUUUUUAAUCAAUUUGAAUGCCAAACAUUGGAGAAAGACUCUUCCAAGGAUGCCUUAACAAGGAAGGGUGACUGUCAGCAAAAUGAGAUAGUAACUCUCACAGAGCAACCUAAGGAACUAAAAGGAGGUUCAUUAUUUCCCCAUCAGCUUGAAGCUCUUAAUUGGUUGCGUAAAUGCUGGCAUAAAUCCAAGAAUGUGAUACUUGCUGAUGAAAUGGGUCUUGGAAAAACAGUUUCUGCAUGUGCUUUUCUCUCAUCUCUGUAUUUUGAGUUUAAAGCUACUCUGCCCUGUCUAGUGUUGGUUCCACUUUCCACAAUGCCUAACUGGCUGGCUGAGUUUUCAUUAUGGGCUCCGAACUUGAAUGUUGUGGAGUAUCAUGGUUGUGCAAAAGCAAGAUCCAUGAUUCGCCAAUAUGAGUGGCAUGCCAGUGAUCCAAGUGACUUGAAUAAGAAAACAGCGGCCUAUAAAUUUAAUGUUCUUUUAACUACAUAUGAAAUGGUACUUGCUGAUUCCUCUCAUUUGCGUGGAGUUCCUUGGGAAGUUCUUGUGGUUGAUGAAGGUCACCGCCUGAAAAAUUCUGGAAGUAAGCUUUUUAGCUUGCUCAAUUCGUUCUCCUUUCAACAUCGUGUACUGUUGACUGGUACACCUCUUCAAAACAAUAUCGGUGAGAUGUAUAACUUGCUUAACUUCUUGCAGCCAGCUUCAUUUCCUUCACUCUCUUCAUUUGAAGAGAAGUUUAAUGAUCUUACAACUGCUGAAAAAGUGGAAGAAUUGAAGAAACUUGUUGCUCCGCAUAUGCUUCGAAGACUUAAAAAGGAUGCAAUGCAAAAUAUUCCCCCUAAGACUGAAAGAAUGGUUCCUGUAGAGUUGUCAUCCAUCCAAGCAGAAUACUAUCGUGCAAUGCUAACAAAGAACUAUCAAAUAUUGCGGAAUAUUGGGAAGGGGGUUGUCCAGCAAUCAAUGCUAAAUAUUGUGAUGCAGUUAAGAAAAGUUUGCAAUCACCCAUAUCUCAUACCUGGUACUGAACCUGAUUCUGGAUCGGUAGAAUUCCUUCAUGAAAUGCGGAUAAAAGCCUCCGCCAAGUUGACUUUGUUGCAUUCUAUGCUUAAGAUUCUAUACAAGGAAGGUCAUAGAAUCCUUAUUUUCUCACAGAUGACCAAGCUUCUUGAUAUCCUUGAAGAUUAUAUGAAUAUAGAAUUUGGGCCUAAAACAUAUGAGAGAGUGGAUGGCUCUGUCUCAGUGGCUGAUCGACAAACAGCAAUUGCACGCUUUAACCAAGACAAAAGUCGCUUUGUCUUCUUGUUAUCAACACGGUCUUGUGGUCUUGGGAUCAAUUUGGCAACUGCUGACACUGUCAUUAUAUAUGAUUCUGAUUUCAAUCCGCAUGCUGAUAUCCAAGCUAUGAAUCGUGCACAUCGAAUUGGACAGUCAAAUAGACUUUUGGUAUAUCGACUUGUAGUUCGUGCUAGUGUUGAAGAGCGGAUCUUGCAGCUUGCAAAGAAGAAACUGAUGCUUGAUCAGCUUUUUGUGAAUAAGUCUGGAUCACAGCAAGAAGUGGAAGAUAUUUUGAAAUGGGGAACAGAAGAACUUUUUAACGAUUCUCCUAGUACAAAUUUGAAAGAUACAGGUGAAUGUAGUAUUAACAAAGACGAGGCAGUAGUGGAUACAGACAAUAAGCAUAGGAAGAGAGCUGGUAGUCUAGGGGAUGUGUACCAGGACAAAUGUACAGAUAGCAGCAGCAGGAUCAUGUGGGAUGAAAAUGCUAUUUUGAAACUGCUUGACCGUUCAAAUCUUCAGUCUGGAUCAAGUGAUAAUGCUGAAGGGGAUUUGGAAAGUGAUGUGCUUGGCUCAGUGAAGGCACUUGAAUGGAAUGAUGAACCUACAGAAGAACAAGGGGGAGCUGAAUCUCCUCCCAUUCUUACUGAUGAUAUCUGUGCUCAAAAUCCUGAAAGGAAAGAGGAUAAUGCGGUGAUUGGUACGGAAGAAAAUGAAUGGGAUAGACUUUUACGUGUGAGAUGGGAGAAGUAUCAAGUGGAGGAGGAAGCAGCUCUUGGUCGAGGGAAGCGCCUGCGGAAAGCUGUUUCUUAUAGGGAAGCAUAUACUCCACACCCAAGUGGAACAAUGAGUGAGCAGAGUGGUGGUGAAGAGGAACGAGAGCCAGAACCAGAACCCGAGCGGGAAUAUACGCCAGCAGGACGUGCUCUAAAAGCAAAGUUUGCUAAACUCCGUGCCAGACAAAAGGAACGGCUUGCUCAGAGGAAUGCAUUUCAGGAGUCUUGUCCUGGUGAGGGAAUGCCUGGACCUAAUUCGGUCCCUCAAUGCCCUUCCACUGAUCCCAAAGAAGGGGAGGAGACCAAAUUACAUCAAACUAUCAGAGAGAAUAUUUCAGUAAUUGACUUAGAGGAUGACAAAUUAGUUCAGCCAGUAGUUAGUCCAAAGAAUAAGGCUGACUCGCCUUUAAGGCUGGGCAGAAUAUCAAAGUACAAAAUGAGUAGUCAUCUGGAUUUUCCUGUUAAUCCACUUGGUCACCCAUCUCCUGACAUUUUCCUUCCAAGUCAUCAUCUUCAAAGCACGAACUACACAAGCUCAGUGCUAACCAGUAACUUGUUACCAGUUCUUGGACUUUGUGCUCCCCAUACUAAUCAGGCAGAGUUGUUGUAUCAGAGCUUGUCAAGAUCAAAUGGCAGACAAAGUAAGCUGGGAACUGGACCGGAGUUUCCAUUCAGUCUAGCUCCUUGCUCCAGGACUUCAAUUGAGACAGAUGUAAAAAAUCAGGACUCUACCUUAGACAAAGCAGAGAAACCAGAUGCAUCUGCAGAAGGCUUGCAACAGCGUUUUAAAACCAGCAUCCUGGAUAACUGUCCCUUAUAUUUUCCAUGUCCUCCAGCUGUCCAAGGAAAAGCUUCUGAACGUUUAGAAAGUUCUGGUCCUACUUUCUCUAAUUUUCAAGAAAAGAUGGCAUUGCCGAGCUUGCCAUUUAAUGAAAAAAUGCGGUCUAGAUUCCCACUUUCAGCAAAGACCAUGCCGAGUCCACAUCUUGACUACUUACCUAGCUUAUCAUUAGGUAACAGACCUGAAGCUGUUAAUGGCUUUAUGCAGGACCUCCCAACAAUACCAUUGCUGCCCAACUUAAAAUUGCCGGCACAGGAUGCAGUGAGAUAUCAUCAGCAGGAGGAGGCACCGCCCAAAUUGGAUCUGGGAAAGAGGCCAACCACAUUUUCCUCGUUUCCUGAAAACCAUAGGAAGGUGCUUGAAAGCAUAAUGAUGAGGACAGGGUCGGGAUCAAGCAACAUUUUUGGAAAGAAAUCAAAAAUAGAAAGCUGGUCUGAAGAUGAACUCGAUUUUUUGUGGAUUGGUGUUCGUAGACAUGGGCGGAGAAAUUGGGAGUCUGUGCUUAGAGACCCCAGGUUAAAAUUUUCCAGGUAUAAAACGUCAGAAGAUUUGUCAGCAAGGUGGGAGGAGGAACAACUCAAGCUCUUCGAUGGGUCAACUUUUUCAGUGCCAACAUCAACCAAACCAACAAAGUCUACCAAAUCCUCAAUGUUUCCUGGCAUCUCUGAUGGAAUGAUGGCUCGGGCCUUGCAAGGUAGUAGACUUGCUACACCCCCUAAGUUUCAGACCCAUCUGACAGACAUGAAAUUGGGUUUUGGUGAUCUUGCAUCCAGUGUGCCACAUCUUGAAACAUCUGAUCGAUUUGGUUUGCAAAAUGACCAAUUUGUACCUAUACCAACUUGGAAUCUUGACAAGCAUUGGAUAAACCUUCCUGGGGAGUCUUCUUCUGGACCUUUUGAACGGUCAGGAACUUCUUCUUUAAAUGUACCCAUUGACAAGCCGUUUCUGCUCAAUUCAUAUGGAGCCAGUUGUCUGGGUUCUUUAGGCUUGAAUUCCUCGAGCAGCCUUGAUGUUCAGAGAAAAGAUGAAGAACGGUGUCCCGAUAAGUAUGGGAAGUUGCCUAGUCUCUUAGAUAAAUCGCUAAAUGUUUUGCAUGAUUCCCAUCACAAUUUAGGAGGUGGCGAAUCUGUUGAUACAGUAUUGCUGCCUGAUCCCAGUAAAAGGCUGAAUGUUUCACAUUUGAAGGGCGAAGAAGCAGCUGGAAGUAGUUCUUCAAAGGACAAGCUACCCCAUUGGCUGCGAGAAGCUGUGAGUGUACCUGCAAAACCUCCAGAUCCCGACCUGCCCCCCACUGUAUCAGCAAUUGCACAUUCCGUUCGAUUGCUAUACGGAGAAGAGAAGCCAGCCAUCCCCCCAUUUGUGAUUCCGGGUCCACCUCCUUCCAUACCAAAGGAUCCAAGGUGGAGUCUAAAGAAGAAAAGGAAAUGGAGGUCACAUUUGUUUAGGCGGGUCCCACCAGACAUUGCUGGAAGGAGUCAGGAUUUCCAAAGAAACCUUCAUGAUGAAAAUGCUGCUUCAAGCUUAAUUCAAUUGGCUCCACCGUUUUCACUACAUCCACAAUCUACCAUGGGAACUGCAGGGUUUCCACAGAUCGAAUCAGAUCUGAACUUGCCUGCUCUCAAUUUAAACAUGAUGAACCCAUCAUCCUCUUCCACACAUUUACACCAACGGAGGAGAAAAGACAUGGGAUUGUCCCCGUCUCCUGAAGUGCUUCAGCUGGUAGCAUCAUGCGUUGCUCCGGGCCCACAUUUGUCAUCUGCUUCUGGCAUGACAAGCUCAAGCUUCGUUGAAAGCAAGCUUGAAGUGUCAAAAUCUGUUGACCUAGUUGGAUUCCCGGACCCAAAACAUGCAUUUUCAAAAAAGAAGGCUGAGCAGAGCGUACCUUUUAACGUAUGGGGCUCAACUCCAGGGGAUAAAGUAGACCAUACCGAAAGUGGAGAUUCUAGCAAAACUCAAUCAGACCCCCCUGGGACCGAACAGCCUGAUGUCAAGGAUGUAUCAUCUGAGGGCACUGUCUCAGAUCAUCCUGUGAGUGACCACGAAUCAUAGAGCUAUAAUAUGAGACUGAAAAACUGAACAUAGCUGUUCUUUCAUGCUGCCGAAGUUUCAGGCUCUUCAGCGAUGUGCUCAAAUUUUUGUAGGCAUGAUGAAAUGAGUGAUGAACUAUCAAAUAUAGGUUCAUUAGGAAUUCUAAUGUAAAUGUUUAUGUAAGAAGAAAAUGAAAUAUAGUGCUGCUUGAUUGGUAUUGCUUAA